AUGUGGAACUCCUCAAAAGAAAUUGCUAGUUUAAAGUGUGAAAUUGUAAAAAAGGAUGAGGAAAUUGCCUUUUUAAAGAGGGGGAUGGUUAAAAAGGAAGAGGAAAUACAAAAAUUAUUAGAUAAGAAUGUUUUUUUACAAGAAACCAUAAAAAACGUAUCAUCAAGACCUAUCAACCUUUAUUUAAAGAAUAUCGAUUUUGCAACUUCUAUUCCAACCCAACCCUAUAUACUCGAUCAAACCAGUCCAAUAGCACCAUCCAUUUCAUUUUCAAACACCUAUUUCAACCCUACCACUCCCUCACCAUUCCAACAACCACAGCAUCUACCUUUUCAAACUCAACAACAACAACAACAACAAAAUGUUGUAAUUUCACAACCAAAGAAACCCCUUCAUCAACUCAACUUGAUUAUAGUUAGAGGACAAGUUGGAAUAGAUUCAAAGACUUUCACAUCAAUUAAAUCUUUUUUGGUGUCACAUCUGCCUCCCAAACAUCUCAAUCAUCAUGAGGAACUCCAAAUUAACAUUUAUAAUGUUAAUGAUGGAGACCAACCACCAAACAAUAUCAAUGGAGUAUGUCUUUAUAUGGCAAAUUUCCCAACUGCUAGAAUUAUGAUGGAUGAACAUGAACCAGCAAUCAAUCUCAUCAAAAAACAGUACCCAAACUGUAAGAUUGUAUUGGGUAUUUGGUUGUUUGGUGAGAAUUCUCCACCAGUCGCUAUUCAAUCAAAUAGAAUUGUUGAUGAAACAGUUACAUUUAUUUAUUCUACUGGAAAUAGUAUUGUUUCAGAUAAAUAUUAUGCACUUGAAACAAUUAACAAGUUAUUACUUUCAAAAGCCACUCCUCCUUUAACUACAAAUUAA